AUGAAAACCCACCCACUGGUUUAGAGGCUCUUUAUAUAAGAAAACCCUGUGUUUAUCACACAUUGUCUCACACUAAUCUCUUUGAUUGCUCAGUCUCUCUUUGCUUUUAUUCUUUAUCCUCUCUCUGUUUAUAAUUUUUCUCAUACUCUAUCACCAGCUUUUCAAUGGCUUCAGACAAGAAGAUUAAGAUCGGAAUCAACGGAUUUGGAAGAAUCGGUCGUUUGGUUGCAAGGGUUGCUCUUCAGAGGAACGAUGUUGAACUUGUUGCUGUUAACGAUCCCUUUAUCAACCCUGAGUACAUGACUUACAUGUUCAAGUACGACUCUGUCCAUGGGCAAUGGAAACACCAUGACGUCAAGGUCAAGGACCCCAAAACCCUCCUCUUCGGACAGAAACCCGUCACUGUUUUCGGCUUCAGGAACCCUGAAGAGAUCCCAUGGGCUGAAGCCGGAGCUGAGUUCGUCGUUGAGUCAACUGGAGUUUUCACUGACAAAGAGAAGGCCGCUGCCCACUUGAAGGGUGGUGCUAAGAAGGUUGUCAUCUCAGCCCCCAGCAAGGAUGCUCCUAUGUUUGUUAUGGGUGUCAAUGAGAAGGACUACAAGCCUGAACUUGACAUUGUUUCCAAUGCUAGCUGCACUACCAACUGCCUUGCUCCCUUGGCCAAGGUUAUCAAUGAUAGGUUCGGAAUCGUUGAGGGUCUCAUGACCACUGUGCACUCAAUCACUGCCACACAGAAAACCGUUGAUGGCCCAUCAAGCAAGGACUGGAGGGGUGGAAGGGCUGCUUCCUUCAACAUUAUUCCCAGCAGCACUGGAGCUGCCAAGGCUGUUGGAAAGGUUCUGCCAGCUCUCAAUGGUAAACUGACCGGAAUGUCCUUCCGAGUCCCUACCGUGGAUGUUUCAGUUGUUGACCUCACUGUCAAGCUUGAGAAGCCUGCAACCUAUCAGCAGAUCAAAGCUGCCAUCAAGGAGGAGUCUGAAGGCAAGCUCAAGGGCAUUUUGGGCUACACCGAGGAUGAUGUUGUAUCUACAGGCUUUAUUGGCGACAGCAGGUCAAGCAUUUUCGAUGCCAAGGCUGGAAUUGCAUUGAAUGAAAACUUUGUAAAACUUGUUUCGUGGUAUGACAACGAAUGGGGCUACAGUUCCCGUGUUAUUGAUUUGAUCGUCCACAUUGCUGGAACUGCUUGAAGCUAAUAAUACUUCAUGAAGAUUCAAGGCUUUGUUUUUCUUUAAAUUUGGUUGAGUCUAGGGGUUAGUUUUGUAUCCAAGUUUGGAAGUUUAAAUAAGUACUUUUUUUGAGUCUUACCUUGGAUCUGAGGAUCUCUGAUUUGAUGAUGUUCAAUGUUGAUGUAUGGAGUUCCCUUUUUUGUCCUCUGUUUUGAAAGAAACAUGAAAUAGCAUUUACGGUAUUAUAAUUUUCAGAUAAACCACAAGAUGGUGUUUAUAUGAAUGGAUUACUUUUCUAGUUUUUCUAUGCUA